AUGUGGCUCAUUGACAACACUACCCUCCAUCUCCGGUUCGUCGACGAUGAAACGGUCGAGAGGUACGCCAUCCUCUCCCAUACGUGGGAGGACGGGCAGGAGGUCACCUUCCAAGACAUGGCGCCAGACGCGCAGGCCCGUGUCGCCCAUAAGCGCGGCUAUGCAAAGAUCCGCGAGACGUGCCGCCUGGCGCGGGCCGACGGGCUGCGGUACUCGUGGGUCGACACGUGCUGCAUAGACAAGAGCUCAGACUCCAACUUGUCCGCGGCCAUCAACUCCAUGUACCGUUGGUAUGCCGCCGCAGAGGUGUGCUACGUGUUCGUCGCCGACCUCCAGCUCAACCUGGGACCGCAGCUGCUCGACAUGAGGCUGCCCCAGUGUCGAUACUUCACCCGGGGCUGGACGCUCCAGGAGCUGAUUGCGCCUGCGCGGAUCAAGUUCUUCGACUCUGCCUGGAGGUCCUGCGGCAGCAAGGACGAUGAGGCGAUGCUGCAGCGCCUGUCUCGGAUCACAAACAUCCCUACUGCCGUCCUCCGCAGCCCGGACGAGUACCUCUCGCAAGUCCCAGUGGCGCAAAAGAUGUCUUGGGCAGCUAAGCGACAAACCACGGUGCCCGAGGACGCCGCCUACAGUCUACUCGGCAUCUUCGACAUCAGCAUGCCCAUGAUAUAUGGCGAAGGGGGUCCCAGGGCCUUUCUACGCCUGCAGCAAGAGAUCAUGAAAGAGACACGGGACUUUUCCCUCCUCGCUUGGGAAGUCGAAGAUAACGGAUCUUUCCAGCCUCAUGGAGUCUUUGCCAAGUCCCCAGCGGCGUUUCAGGGCAGUGCAAAGAUUGCCCCCUCGGACAAU